AUGGCGUCCUCCUCAAUUAGACCAUCAUCAUCUCUGACUUGUUCUUCAUUCAGGUUCUGUAACAGAACCAAUACUUGUGCUGCUUGUCGUUUGCCUCUGAAUCCUUCUCCUCGCAGAUUCGCUUAUCUUGCCAGUGCUGUUCCGCAAUCACAUUUCUUCGGUUUGAAAGCUUCGUCUAAGAUUUGGAGAGGAGAGGGUAGAACCUUUGCAGCUGGAAAUAUGGCACAAGCCAGCACAGCUGCAACCCAAGAGAGUUUGUUGGAGUGGGUAAAAAAGGACAAGCGUAGAAUGCUACAUGUUGUUUAUCGCGUUGGGGAUUUGGACAGGACUAUAAAGUUCUACACUGAGUGUCUGGGAAUGAAGCUGCUGAGGAAACGUGACAUACCUGAGGAGAGAUAUACAAAUGCCUUUCUUGGAUAUGGACCCGAAGAUUCUCACUUCGUCAUAGAACUCACUUACAACUAUGGAGUUGACAGCUAUGAUAUUGGAUCUGGAUUUGGACAUUUUGGCAUUGCAGUUGAGGAUGUUGCCAAGACUGUUGAACUCAUAAAGGCCAAGGGUGGCAAAGUGACCAGAGAACCUGGUCCUGUUAAAGGCGGUAAUACAGUUAUCGCUUUUAUUGAGGAUCCUGAUGGUUAUAAAUUUGAACUGUUGGAAAGGGGACCUACCCCUGAGCCACUCUGUCAGGUCAUGCUUCGUGUUGGUGAUCUUGAUCGUUCUAUAAAUUUUUACAAGAAAGCUUUUGGCAUGGAGCUUCUUCGCAAACGAGAUAAUCCAGAGUACAAGUAUACAAUAGCCAUGAUGGGUUAUGGUCCUGAAGAAAAAAAUUGUGUGCUGGAGUUGACAUACAACUACGGGGUUACUGAAUAUGACAAAGGAAAUGCAUAUGCUCAGAUUGCGAUAGGCACCAAUGAUGUCUAUAGAACUGCAGAAGCAGUUAAAUUUUUUGGUGGGAAAGUUACCCGGGAGCCUGGACCGUUACCUGGUAUCAGCACCAAGAUUACUGCAUGCUUGGAUCCAGAUGGUUGGAAGACGGUUUUUGUAGAUAACAUUGACUUUCUCAAGGAAUUGGAGGAUCAUAGCAAUAAACCCAUUGGUGGUAGCUUUGCAGUAGCUUUCCCCAUUUUGUUUGAUUCAAAGAGAGAUUCUUUGCAAAAUACUUAUGUCUGA